CGCGCGGUUCGGUCUGACCCACUUGAUCUCGGAGCUUGACUACUGGGCGACUCAUCAAUAUGGGUAAGAAGAAACAACAGCCCACACCGGCUGAGGAGCAACCAGAGGAAGAGUCUGAGGAAGAAGUGUUUGUCGUCGAGGUUGUCACUGCAGCCAGAGUGGUGGAAGGAGGCGAAUGGCAAUACAAGGUGAAGUGGGAUGGCUACGGGUCAGAAGAUGCUACCUGGGAGCCUUCGGAGAAUCUGCAUGACAAUAAUGACCGUCUUCUUAAAAGCUUCUGGAACCAUGUUGGACUGGAUGACCGUGAUUGGCCCGUCGGGACUGUAUGCGAGGCGAAACCCUCUUGGAUAAAGAAAGAGCGGCAGUACUUCAAGAUGCACAUCGAUGAGUCGAACAAAGAUAAAAAGAAGAAGCAGAAAGAGAAGGAGAGGAAGCAGAAACAACACUCCGCCAUCACUGUCUCCGCCAAUAAUAAGCAGCCUCCCCUUAAGAAAGAAAAGGAGAGGUUAACAGAGGCCACGAAGAAGGUCCAGAAAUUUGUUGAAGAACUAAACACCGACGACGAAGACUCUGACGAGACGCCGCUCUCUAACGUCCCACAAACUACCCCAACUACCAAGCCUCCUGCCAAAUCAUCCAAAGCCCCAGGUGCAGCCUCUACGAGACGGGUCCUGUCUGAAUCAGAGUCGGAUGACGACGAUAUACCAUUAUCUCAACAACCACUGGACAAGGGCAAAGGCAAGGCUAAGGAGCAGAUUGCGGGUCAGAAACGGAAGAGCUCAGCCAUAUCGAAGGAUACGAAGGAAGGGCCUUCUACCAGAAAGAGUAAUGAUGCCGAGCCGCCCCGUAAGGUUUCGAAAGUGACGAAAAAACCGUCAGUUCAUGACAGUGCCAUUGCAGGGUCAUCCCAUAACCGAGAUCCUUCAGCUGAGAUCACCCAAAUGAAAGCUACGGUAUUAAAGCUAAAAUCUCAAAAGGCAGCCGCCAGUUCCACGGCAAAUCCAUCAACGAGCUCGACUUCCAAGACUGGAUUGAAAAUAGCGAUACCAACAGUUUCCCCCAGGGCCAAUGAAAAGACGCCGCCUCAAGGCGACGGCCCACGAACACCAAGCCCACAGUCAGCUCACUCGCUAUUCUCUGGCACCGACACCUCGCCUGCCAAACAGCCCCCCGCACCUGCAAAUCCUCAACUUUCGAACGAGCCUGCUGCAGCCAAGGUGAUCGCGAAAGGAGAUACUGUGCGGAAAGACUCCAAAGCCGACCCGCACAAGAUUCAGGCGGGAAGCACUCUGCCGACCAAACAAAGACUCGCCGAAGCCAACGUUCUGAUGAACCCGAAAGCCAUGAAGUCAGUAAAGGCAUCCCCUGUUGUGGGCUCGGGGCAAGGCUCCCUGUCAAAGCUGUCAUUCAAGAAGAAUAAGUCCAUGUCUGGAGCUGCGGCCUCGCCAGUCACCCCGGUCGCACCAUCUCCUGUUCUACGGCAAGAUCCGAGGUUGUCAGUGACACAAGCUGGUUCAUCUAGCCCUGUGGCACAGGUGCAAACCACGGGGGCGACCUUCGUGCGAUCUCCUUCACCUAUGCAGGUAUCAGACAACGAGGGACGAAGCCAGGAAAGGGAUCUACCGUCAUCGAUCAGUCGCAUCGUUCGACCGUCUGCGCCGAAUACAGCGGUGGACGACUUUCUGUCGACCGUUCCCAUCAACGACGAACCGCUUAUCGAUGGCGUGGAUACCAGUGCAGAUAAGGUUCCCUCAUACCCGUUACCCUCUGCGAAUGCCAGUGGUCCAUACCGCAUUCCAAAGAAGUUUAAAUGGACCGGCGAAGUCUUCAUGCAUACAGAGAAGGAUCGCGCAGAGAAGCUCUUCGAAGGCACACUCUCGGAGGAGCCCCCGAAACAGUCAAACACUUUGCGGUUCUCUUAUUGUAUGGGAGAGAAGGUCGACUCCCUUCGCCUGAUGAAGCUUCUGCAUAUGUCCGAGCUCCCCAUGCUCCAGGCUGCCUGUAAUCAAGUAUCGCAGCUUGGGAGGCUAGAGCCGAAGGAGAACAAAGACCACGAUGCAUUCGGAACCUUGAUAAAGUACAUGACUCCGAGACAAUUGGUAACUUACGCGCCGUUAUACCUCGCGGAUGGUUCACUAUGUGGAAUGCUUCUCCUCUUUCCUUCCGUCUCAGAGGCCCUCUGCGAUAUUUUCAAACCUUCUCUAGAUCUCAAACAGCCUGGUGGAUUUAUCGCAGUUUUGUAUCCAUGGGCGGUUCCUGGAAAAGUGGCGAAGACUCUUCGGACGCAGUACAGAGCAGAGGAGCGCUCUCUUGUCAGGGCUCCCUCAGUCUUCUCCAACCCUGAUCCCGUCAAACUCUCCGACCGCUCCCAUAGCCUCCGCCUUUAUCCCUCCUACCACCGUGCACUCCAUAUUUUGCAGUUUCCCAAUUGGCUCCACCGGCACAUGUCGCAAGCUGACCGGAAAUACGCGUUGGUGUUUGAGCCGAGCGAUGGAAUGAUUGGACAAGAGUCUUCGGAGUUUAAAGAGGAGUGGAGAGGAAGUGAGACGAGGGCUCUACAGACGAUCCUCAAACGCUGUGGAGCACAAAGAGUGCACCUUAAGGAUGACAAGUUGAGGACCAUAUUUGUGCAUGUGGGAUCUCUAGUAGCUUUCCAGAAAUUCUCUCAUCUGGCGAGGAAGCGGAAGAAGUGGCCCUGGGUGCAAUUCUUCACGUACGGGACGCAUGAGACUGUCGGCCCAGAGCGGUGGGGAGUACAUGAGAUAUAUCCGCUCGGUGGAAUCGUGACGUUCACGCCGGCGGUGUUCAGAGACAACCACCCGCAGGAUAUGUUCAAGUUCAUCAACAAAGUGAAGGCACAUCCUCUGUGGGACUGCUACAUCCUUCCGUCCACGGUCGCCAUGGUGGUUCGGGAUGCGUGCGGGUCGGAUCCAUCUGGCGCCUUGGAUAGUAGCAGAGGAUUCAUUUACGAGGAUCUAUUCAAGAUGAUCAAAAACGGGAAGCUAGCCCUCCUCACGCAGCCACCUUUCCUUCCAAAUGACGCCAAGGGCAUCACCGAUUGGGCCUCCUCUCAGCUUCGCCUUUUUGCCAUGGAUGAGCGCGGUAUUCUCCAGUUUUGCUUGCGCAACUUCAUGAAGGAAUAUGAAAACAUCGACGAAGAGAAGUGGCCCUUUGCAGUAAAGGAGGAGGUCCUGUCCUCGUUGUCAUCGAUGCAGGUGCAGCCGAGCAUCAUGAAGAACUAUCGGAGGUUUGUAGUGUUGAGAGGACGUUUAGAGUACGAAGGAAAGGAGGAUAAGAAGGAUUUUGAGACUCUAGGAGCCGAGUGGACGACGUUGUCAGAUUUCGAGUGGAAAGACGAUUUCUUCAGUGGGGAUCUCGCGCCGGCCAUGUCUGGUUUGAACUUAGGACUUUGACACUCUUUUCGAUCUGCUCCUGCUUUUCUUUUCAUGUCUGUAUAUUAUGGCUUUAUACCACACUUUUGUCCGGC